ACAAUUAUCCCUCGCGUCCCGUUCCUCUUCCUGCCGGGAGACGAGGCGGGCUCCUCUCCCACGGCACGGGAUUCCUUCUCCACCUCUCCUCUUUCCCGUCGCCAUAAAUAGCCGCCGUCCCUCGCCUCAUUCCCCAAUCUCGUCCCACUGUUCGGAGCAGACGACCCCCCGAUCCAAAGCGUUCUUCUUCCCGCGACCCUCGGCGAUCGAUCCCCCGCAUCAAGAUGCAGAUCUUUGUUAAGACCCUCACUGGCAAGACCAUCACCCUCGAGGUGGAGUCUUCUGACACCAUUGACAACGUCAAGGCCAAGAUCCAGGACAAGGAGGGCAUUCCCCCGGACCAGCAGCGGCUCAUCUUUGCCGGCAAGCAGCUUGAGGACGGGCGCACGCUUGCUGAUUACAACAUCCAGAAGGAGAGCACCCUCCACCUGGUGCUUCGUCUCAGGGGAGGCAUGCAGAUCUUCGUGAAGACAUUGACUGGCAAGACUAUCACCCUUGAGGUUGAGUCUUCCGACACCAUUGACAACGUCAAGGCCAAGAUCCAGGACAAGGAGGGCAUUCCUCCGGACCAGCAGAGGCUCAUCUUCGCCGGCAAGCAGCUUGAGGACGGCCGCACACUUGCUGACUACAACAUUCAGAAGGAGAGCACCCUCCAUCUGGUGCUCCGCCUGAGGGGUGGGAUGCAGAUCUUUGUGAAGACCCUGACUGGCAAGACAAUCACUCUGGAAGUUGAGAGCUCCGACACCAUUGACAAUGUGAAGGCUAAAAUCCAGGACAAGGAGGGCAUCCCCCCGGACCAGCAGCGUCUGAUCUUUGCUGGCAAGCAGCUGGAGGAUGGCCGCACGCUUGCUGACUACAACAUCCAGAAGGAGAGCACCCUCCACCUGGUGCUCCGCCUGAGGGGUGGGAUGCAGAUCUUUGUGAAGACCUUGACUGGCAAGACCAUCACUCUGGAGGUUGAGAGCUCUGACACAAUUGACAACGUGAAGGCCAAGAUCCAGGACAAGGAGGGCAUCCCCCCGGACCAGCAGCGUCUGAUUUUUGCUGGCAAGCAGCUGGAGGAUGGCCGCACCCUUGCUGAUUACAACAUCCAAAAGGAGUCCACCCUCCACCUAGUGCUUCGCCUCCGUGGUGGACAGUAAGCGGUCACUGAAGCUGCUGCUGUGCCUGGGUUGUCUGGUCUCAACAUUAAGGGCGUCUUUGAAGCAUCUGUGUCAUUUGUGUCAAGAUUGUAUCUGGUUUUAUGAAUUGGUUUGUGUCGGUGUGUUCGCCUGAAACAGUUGUUGCUGUGCUGCAGUAUGAUAUAAGCUUGAUUAAGUGAUGUUUGAACUUGAAUUUGUGCUCAGUUGGGAUACAUUUCUUCUGUUUUUCAGUUACGCCAGUUCAAGUUUAUAUUACCUGAGAUCAAA